UGCGCGUCGACGUACACUUUGAUUGACUGAACAGGACAGACAGACAUGGUGCACAUGCGCGCAGUGCGCGGCUUGGCGCUCGCGGCGCUGGCCGUCGCGCUCGCCACCGAGACACACGCUCUGACCGUCGACACGCCCCGCAAACUUUUGCUCGACCUCGAUACAGGAGUGAACCUAGACACCGUCACGAACGCAGCCACAGUAGCGCCCUCAGACACCUCGGACACUCCUGCCUCGGCGCCGUUGGGCGAGUCUUCCCCGUCGACGAGCACUACGUCAGAAUCCACGCCAUCCACAGCCGACGCACCUUCGGACGCCACGCCGUCAACAGACUCUACCCCAUCGACGGGAGACUCUCCUAGCUCGAGCAACUCUCUCCUGUCCCCGGUUACUAACCUGUUGACGCCAGCGCCAGCGCCGGACGCGGACACCCCCACUGCUACAACAGCGCCGUCCACUCCGACGACUACGGAGGACUCGUCGACGCCUGCGACGGAAGCGCCGACACCCGAAUCGCCCAGCUCGAACUCGAUUCUUUCCCCCGUGACCAACUUGCUGACACCAGCACCAGCGCCCGACAAGGAUGCGCCUUCGACGCCAACGGCGACGCAAGCUCCGUCGACGCCCGCGACUGACGCUCCGUCUCUGCUAUCCCCGGUGACCAACUUGUUGACACCGGCGCCAGACACGGAUGCUCCUUCGGCGCCGACAGCGACGGAAGCUCCCUCGAUUCUUUCCCCUGUGACGAACUUGCUGACGCUAGCGCCAGACACAGACGCUCCCUCAGCGCCGACAGCGACUGAUGCCCCCUCGCCUCCAGAGACCGAUGCCCCUUCGAUUUUAUCGCCAGUGACGAACCUGCUGACACCAGCACCGGACACAGACGCUCCCUCAUCGCCGACGACCCCGGCGACUGAUGCUCCUUCGAUCCUCUCCCUAGUGACGAACCUGCUGACGCCGGUACCCGAUACAGAUGCCCCGUCGACACCGGCGACUGAUGCUCCUUCGAUCCUCUCCCCAGUGACGAACUUGCUGACGCCGGCACCAGACACGGAUGCCCCGUCGACACCGGCGACUGAUGCUCCUUCGAUCCUCUCCCCAGUGACGAACUUGCUGACGCCGGCACCCGAUACGGAUGCCCCGUCGACCCCGGUGACCGAUGCUCCUUCGAUUCUAUCCCCAGUGACGAACUUGCUGACGCCGGCACCAGACACGGAUGCCCCGUCGACACCGGCGACUGAUGCUCCUUCGAUCCUCUCCCCGGUGACGAACUUGCUGACGCCGGUACCCGAUACAGAUGCCCCGUCGACACCGGCGACUGAUGCUCCUUCGAUCCUCUCCCCAGUGACGAACUUGCUGACGCCGGCACCAGACACGGAUGCCCCGUCGACACCGGCGACUGAUGCUCCUUCGAUCCUCUCCCCAGUGACGAACUUGCUGACGCCGGCACCCGAUACGGAUGCCCCGUCGACACCGGCGACUGAUGCACCUUCGAUCCUCUCCCCGGUGACGAACUUGCUGACGCCGACCCCAGACACGGACGCUCCGUCAGCAACAGACGCGCCUGCUCCCACGUCGAUUCUGUCCCCCAUUACCACGUCGCCUCUGGACCCAAUCACGGAUCUGCUCACCACAGCUCCUACGACGGUACCGUCAGGAACAACUGCUCCAUCGCCAGUGACGCUCCUGCCGGAUCUCCCUACGCUGGUACCCAGCGCCACGACGGCGCCAUUACCUGCCACGCUCUUGCCAGAUCUCCCGACGCUGGCUCCUAGCGCCACGACGACGCCGUCAGGGACGGAUUCACCGACUACGCUCCUGCCUGACCUCCCGACACUGACGCCGUCAGGGACGGAUUUACCGGCUACGCUCCUGCCUGACCUCCCGACACUGACACCGUCAGGGACGGAUUCACCGGCUACGCUCCUGCCUGACCUCCCGACACUGACGCCGUCAGGGACGGAUUCACCGGCUACGCUCCUGCCUGACCUCCCGACACUGACGCCGUCAGGGACGGAUUCACCGGCUACGCUCCUGCCUGACCUCCCGACACUGACACCGUCAGGGACGGAUUCACCGGCUACGCUCCUGCCUGACCUCCCGACACUGACGCCUUCAGGGACGGACUCACCGGCGACGCUUUUGCCUGACCUCCCGACGCUGGUGCCUAGUGCCACCACCACUCCAUCAGCAACGGACGUACCGCUCACUUUGAUCCCGUCAACCGACCUACCCGUGACGCUAAUCCCGCCGACGGACACACCGCUGACGCUGACGCCGGGGACUGAAAACCCCGUGACUCUGACGCCGUCAACCGAAACCCCGCCUGCAACAGAGACUCCGUCCACCGAGACUCCGUCUACUGCUACCCCGUCAACGGCUACUCCGUCAACUGAGACCCCGUCGACAGAGACGCCUGCUACAGACAAGCCAUCCAAGACUGAUGAGCCGGACACGUCGUCUGGUUCAUCCGACGACACCACCGUGUCACCUGCACCUGUGACGGCCUCCCCUGACGAGACGGAGUCGCCGGCUCCUGUUACGAAGACGCCGACGGCAACGAAGUCGCCCAUUGCCAUCGAGACGAACUCGGGCAGUGAGGACGAACAGGACGCGUCGGAGAUAAAGGACCAGACGCAGUCGGAUGUGAUCAUGUUCAACGCAUCUGCCACGCCGAUGACGGCGAAGAGCAGCUCGUACGAUCCGUUCGCCAUCCCAGACGACGACACGGAAACGGAGAAGCCGGUGGUACUGAACAUCGCCGGAGAUACCGCCAAAACCGGCUCGGAGGGCCUGGUGACGUACGUCCGAGGGAAGACGGCAACGUCGGGCAGCACAGCCGCCAACAACGGCAACGUGAUUGGAGGACGCAACACGUACGUGGACACGGAGGACAGUGAUGUGCUGUCUGCGUCAGCUGCCUCUUUCCACGAGUUCCUACGCUACUCGUCCGUAGCGUUCGCCGGUAUUUCUGUGGCUCUGUUGCUCUUCUUCCACUUCGUAUCGUUGGAUGCUAACCUGCUGUGGGUCAACGCGGCGUGGAGUCCCAACACGUGGGAGUUCCUCUUCUACGUGGGCUACUUGCAGCAGAUGCAGGCGACGUCCGAGCUGACUCUACUUAAGACGCCAUACUUCCUAUGGGACUACACGGACUCGUUCGCGUGGAGCAACUUCCUGAUCCAGGACACGUCGUCCAGUGACGCCGGCGCGCGUCGUCUCGAAACGAUCGUCCUGGGUGGACUGGUGUCGUACGCCGACCGUAUCGGCAUCUCCGAGGAGAGUAUCCUGAAUCACGGCGCCGUGGGCUUUGCAGUGAUCAUGGGCAUCCUCCUGGUCGUCUUCCUGGUUCUCGCUAUGCUGGCUAAACGCAAGGCCGAACGUGCACUGGACGAUACGUCCGACAUGAGCAGCUACACGUCCGGCGUGCACCGUCUGCGUAGCGUGUCCAUCCGUGCGCUCGGUCUGUGUGUGCUGGUCUGGUACUUUGCCUUGUUCCCGUUGAGUAUGUUGGCGUCGUUCGAGAUCUCCAUGGAGGUUCAGGCUUCGACGAUCGCCGACUCGCUUGUCGUCGCCGUCAUCGCUCUGGUGCUCGUGUGCUUCGGCGUGCUGGCCGUCGCGGGUCGUGUGAUCAUGCACAAGACCAAGGACGAGCUGGAGCAGUUCGAGAACCUGGCAACGUGGGGCUCACUGUACUGCGAGUACGCGUACCGUAGUCGCAUGUUCUUCGUGAUCGACGUGGUGGUUCAGAUCACGACGGGGAUCCUGGUCGGCUGCGUGUCCGGUGACCCGACGCAGCUGCUGGUGGUUAUGGGCAUCCAGGCGCUGUACCUCGCGUGCGUCUUCAUCCUGUCGCCGUUCGCCGACCAAAUGGUGCUUCGGAUCACGUACGUCCUGGGUCUGCUCAAGAUCCUCAACUUCGGUCUGGCGUUCGCCUUCCUCAACUCCGACUCCAUGUCGGCCACGGCUCGGACGCGCGUGGCGCAGGCGUACAUCGGCAUCAACUCGAUCGUGAUUCUCGUCUGGUUCGUACGCCAACUCAUCGUCUUCAGCACGUACAUCCGCGCGUGGAUGGUGCGCUCGAACGACGACUCUCGUCGCAGCGACUCGGUCAUCAAGUACGACCCGCAGACGGACACGGAGUCGGAGCUCUGGGCCAGUCAGUUCACUGCCAACGGCAUGAACAACAGCAGACUCGCCCAGUCUUCGAACGGCGCCACGUUGUCGCUGCCGGCGGGGUCGUCCAUGCAGUCGAUGCAGCCGUCGUACCAGAGCUCCACAACGUCGUACGGCCAGGCGUCGUCGCAGCAGUCGAUGGCGCUGUCAUUCGGCUCGGACGCGCAGUAUCAGCAGCAGUUGGCGCGCAAAUACGAGAUCGGCUUCUAAGAGGAGGGACGGACGAAGAUCAAGUCUACGUAGCAAGCAACCAGCGAACAAGUAGC